AUGAAACUGCAUGGUAACAACAUCUCAGAGCUGAUCCCCAUCACUGCCAGAGCCGUUACCACGUUUGAGAGCAACCCCAGGCCGACCCCUGGACUGGAGGAACCUGUCCUCAGAGUUGGGAACGUCACGACCUUGGGAUGUCACGGGGACGACAACGGCGUUGGCACACAGCUGGUGAACUGGUCCUGCCAUGCAGGAUAUUACAGCUCUCCGUCUCCUCCGGUGGAGAAGAACUGGGCGGCGCUGCUGAUUCUGGUCGUCAUCGCCAUCACAGUGAUGGGCAACAUCCUGGUGAUCCUGGCAGUCUCCCUGGAGAAGAAGCUGCAGAACGCCACAAAUUACUUCUUGAUGUCGCUGGCAGUCGCUGACAUGCUCCUGGGCAUCCUGGUCAUGCCAGUUUCCAUGGUGACCAUUCUCUAUGACUACCGGUGGCCCCUGCCCUACGACCUCUGCCCCAUCUGGAUCUACCUGGACGUCCUGUUCUCCACAGCAUCCAUCAUGCAUCUCUGUGCCAUCUCUCUGGAUCGAUACAUUGCCAUACGGAACCCGAUCCACCACAGCCGCUUCAACUCCCAUACCAAGGCUCGCGUCAAGAUCAUGGCAGUGUGGACAAUUUCAGUGGGGAUCUCAAUGCCGAUUCCUGUGCUGGGACUCAGAGAUCACUGCAAAGUCUUCAAGGGCGAGAGCUGUCUGCUGACCGACAACAACUUUGUUCUGGUGGGCUCCUUUGUGGCUUUCUUCGUUCCUCUCAUCAUCAUGAUUGUCACCUACUUCCUGACCAUCAGUGCAUUGCAGAACGAAGCCACGCUUUGCCUAGACCAGCUGGUACCCCGGCCCAAAUGGAGCACCACCUUCACCUUGAGCUUCUUGCCACAAACCUCUGUGUCCUCUGAGAAACUCUUCAGGCGCUCCAUUAGCCGGGAGGUCGGAGGCAGGGGAAGCACUGGCGGCCUGGGUGGUGCUCGUGGGAGCGUCUCCAGCUCGCUGUUUGGACGCCGCACCAUGCAGUCCAUCAGCAACGAGCAGAAGGCAUCCAAAGUCCUCGGGGUGGUGUUUUUUCUCUUUGUGGUAAUGUGGUGCCCGUUUUUCAUCACCAACGUGCUGGUGGUGGUUUGUGACCCAACAGUGUGUGAUGCAGAGGUCAUGGGAGGCCUGCUGAAUAUCUUUGUAUGGGUCGGAUAUUUGUCUUCUGCGGUCAAUCCGCUCGUCUACACACUGUUCAAUAAAACGUAUCGCGCAGCUUUCCUGCGCUACAUCCGUUGUCAGUAUGAGCCGGAGAGAAAACCUCUUCAACUCAUACUGGUGAACACUAUUCCACCACUGGCUUAUAACUCCACCCAGCUGCCCCUAGGCAGUGUCAUCAAGUUACGAAACGGAGCAGCGCACUGUGACUCUGAUGUCAUGGACUUCUCUCUACGAGGGAAGGAAACUGAGAGGUGUAGAAAGGGAAAACGCCAAAGAGACAAAGUUGAAAGCUGUGUGUGAGACUAUGAAAUAAACCCCUGGUUCAAAGUAUUUGAAGCGAAAACCUUGGACAGGAUCAAAUUGUGGUCACGUUUUCCCUUAAAGUCAAGGGUUUGGUUUGUUAUGUAUCGGUGCCAAAG